GUGUUUUCCGUCAGUCGCUUUACCGUCACCCUUGCACCACAAUGACCCUCAAGUCCGACGCCGUCUUUGAGCGCAUCGCCAAGCGCCUGGAGACGAUCGACCCGAACAACCGCCAGGUGCAGCAGAUCUACAAGUUCCGCAUCCAGCAGAACGGCACCGUCGUCAAGUCGUGGGUGCUGGACCUGAAGGCGGUCAAGCUGACCGAGUCGGACGGCCCGGCGGAGGCGACCCUCACCAUGGAGGAUGACAUCAUGUUCGCCCUCGGUACCGGCGCCAUGCCGGCGAAGGAAGCCCUCGCCCAGGACAAGCUGGACGUGGAGGGACAGGUCGAGCUGAUCUUCCUGCUGGAGCCCUUCAUUGCCUCGCUGAAGAACUAAAGCGUUUCCGAAGCGCGCACCAUCACUCUUCCCUGACCCGCUGCCCCCCCCCCCCCCUUGCCUUCCAACACCACCAUCACCGCCCGUUUGUGGGCUUGGUUAAUUUAUUUUGCAACAUCAACAACAACAACGACGCACGAUCCCCCGGUCGGUUAUCCUCCAACACUGUUGGUAAUAUUAUCGUUAUUGGCUCUGUUUGGCAUCGAAACGGGACGGGACCGGAUGUUGAUGCGGGGUCGCGUCGUCUACACCAUUGGUGCACUACUCUUACAACCGCAUGCAGCGCACCACGCAGCGCGGCCAGCAGCAACAUUUGCAUGCUCGUCCAUCGCUGCGUACCGGCCGGCCCAAGGCGAACAUCAUACCACACCAACAUCGGCCCACGGAACGUACACAAAUUGAACACAUUAAAU